AUGAAACCGCCUUUUUCGUCUAUUGAUCUGACUUUUCGACUUGUGGUUGAGCGCGCGCGGAAAACAACGCGUUCAACGAUACUUGAGGACAGGAACACUAAGAAUGUACACGUCUCUAUGACUGUACUUUUUUGCAUCAUGCUGCGCAUCCACAUGUUGCUUGUUGCCGCGCCUUCGUGUUUUUGGUUGAUGGCUGCAGGCGUAGAUUUGACGCACUGUCUGAUUCACAGCGCAAUAGUGCUGCUGCAUUGUUUUCCCAUCUCGUUCGUGAGACGCUCACGCUGCAUGUUUGUACUUCAUGGGAUUUGAGUAAAAACAGCAAGAAAUAGAGAAUUUUUAGAGCCACCUCCAUAAUUUUUGUUGGCACUAUGCUCCUAUUCAAAACAAAAUGCACGACGUCAUGUUCAAAAAGAUUGCCUUCAUGCAAUAUUCCAAUGAAUCAACAUCAACUUCGGUAGAUCGAUGGAUUCAAUUGUCUGCACUUCCAGCUUGCGUCUAGCAAAGAUGCCGAACCAAUAUAUAAUGCGUUGGCUCUGCGGCCGUCAUUGAAAGUGAUUACGCG